UAGUUUCUGCUCCUUUAAGAGAGAGUGGAGCGGACUGGAGAGGAAAUAGGAAGUCUGUAAUGAAGACUUUAACACAAAGAAACACAACCGAAAGCAGUUUGUGAGACAUGGCGGGGAUAAAAGCUCUGGUGGGUUUGUCGUUCACCGGUGCUCUCGGACUGACGUUUCUGCUUUUGGGCUGCGCCUUGGAGCAGUUUGGGAUCUACUGGCCGCUCUUCGUCCUGAUCUUCUACAUCAUCUCUCCGCUGCCGAACUUCAUAGCCACUAGGUGUGGAGAGGACACCGGUUCCUCCAGCAACGCCUGCAGGGAGCUCGCACACUUCCUCACCACAGGCAUCGUCAUCUCGGCCUUCGGGCUGCCCAUCAUACUGGCCAGGAAGUCGGUGAUCCAGUGGGGAGCCUGUGGGCUGGUGAUGGCAGGAAACAGCGUCAUCUUCCUCACUAUUCUCGGUUUCUUCCUGGUGUUCGGCGGCGGAGACGACUUCAGCUGGGAACAGUGGUAGAGACCUGUGGGCAGGUGAUGCUGGACUGGACUAAAAAAGCUCAUGUCUUCUGGUUUGGAGUUUAAAGUAGGUGGGGGGGAGGGGUGUGUGUGCAAUAGAGGAACACUAAGGCCAAAAAAUUCACUACUUGCUAUAAGAUAAAACAUAUUGGGCUUUAGGGGGGAAUGGGCAUGGAGUGAGAUGUGUGGACCCUCAGUUUAAAUCAGUAGUCGUCUGUUCAUUCCUUUCUCUUUUUAUUCUAUGUUUUCAGCCCAUAACCCGUUCCUCAGGGUUUAUUACACUUGAUUUAUUCCCACAGUAACCCACUGCAUUACUAAUAUGUUUGCCUUCAGUAACCUGUAAUUCCAGAUAUCUAAAAUCAGAUUUUUGCAGUAAUAUAGUAAGAAAUGCCGUCAUGCUCCUACAGUAUGUCCCAAUCCCAUUUCUCCCCUUGUCCUGAUUAUUGUUAGGCUGGAGGGGUAGUUUAGGGGAAGGGAUAGGGCUCAUUUGCCCUCCAUACAGAGAUGCACACUUCAAACAGAGGGGUAUAAGAAUUACUGGUAGGAUUGUUCAGCACAAGCGACCAAAGAAAAACCCACAAAUGUAAAAAGUAUUUUCCUUGUUAAAAGUGACGAUUAGCACUAUAUUAGCAUCGUUUAAUGUGUAGUUUCAAUGUUUUAUGGCUGAAUUCUUCAUAACAAGCAUAUGAAUAAAGAUCACUAGCAGCUAACUUACUUUCCCGGUCCACCUUAACAGAGAACUCCAUAAAAUGAACUUCUGGUGUAGUAAAACCUAAUGAUAAAGAGUACUAACCUUUGUUGAAUAGCCCUCCUCCGCUCUCCUGCAGCUUUCUGAGAUCCAGUAAUUUUGUGCUUCUUUGUAAAAAAAACACUGUUUACAACCUGCUAAUGCUACAGGUUGUAAACAGUGGUUUUAAUAAGCUUCUUCUGAACUUUUGAGUUCUUAAUGCAUCAUUUUAAAUGUCAGGGAUUUUUACAAUGAGGUGUGGAGCUACUUUGAGCUGGAUUACGGUGUAAAAAGUGAUUUAUCUGCAAAAAAAAAGUGCUGGGCAAAACACACAAAAUUACUAGAUCUUGGAAAGCUGCAGGAGAGCGGAGGUGUGCUAUUCAUCAAAGAUAAGUACUCUUUAUCAUGUUUUACUACAGCAAAAGUCAAUUUUACACCAGAGUUCUCCUUUAAAAGGUGUAACAAACAGCAAGGGCUGCAAAAUUUAAGGUGGAACUAAUUAAAACAAAAUCUAAUCACAGCUAAUUUUAGUUCCCCAUCUUAGAGGAAUUAAGGAAUGGACAUUAAUAUUUAAUGUUAAUGUCCACCCCUUCCCCCCCUUCCCCUUAUAACUCUGUUCCAAAAGGAAGGGUUACACUAGAAAAGCAUGUGGGUAAGUAGGGGUAAGUAAGGAUUGGCUUGGGCCAAGAGGUGAAAUGAGUUUGGGCCUAGUUCUAGAGAAAUUCAAAGAUUUUUAACUGGGAAAGUGUAGAGCGUUGCAAGUGUAAAGGUUAACUACUGACGAAAAGCAUUAAAAGAGAUCAUUGUGCCAAGUCGAGGCUUCUGCUAUAUAUCAACACGUCAGCAGAAAUAAGAAUUCUGACUGCAUGGGUUUGUUCUGCAUGAUGCUACUGCCUGGUGUGAUUCACCAUCGCUCUUUCACUAUAAAGAACUCUUUCUAGCCCUUUAAUCAGACAUGUUAGCAUAACAAAGUCCUUCUUAUUUCUGCAGAUUAUUCCUAUUCUACGCUCAACAAUACUCCAUUUCAGCCCUCUGGUGAUUUUAAACUAGGGCCCAUAGUGUGGCUUGAAGUUGGCUCUCUUGAUAAAACUUGCGACCUCAAGGUCAAGCUUUGUUUCGGUCCACAAUUUUUUUUUUUUUUGUAGAUUUUGAGCUUUAAUUUGGUUGUUCUCCUUAAAAAAGUCCCUAAAUUCUUGUAGUUCUUUAUCUCUCAUAUUAUAAUUUUUCCCUUCUCAGCAGACAUCUGUUUAAAUCAGUUUCAUUCAUUUGUACGCUCCUCUCUUUCCAUACUCGCCAUUUCAGUCAAUCCUUUUUAAAUAAAAUGAUAUUAAAACUUUUGGUGUUUAGUUGUUUCCCACCAUCCUUUCGUUAAAGAUACGACAUAUUCUCAACAUUAAGUGUGUUACUAUACACUCAGAAAUCUGUUUAUAAUCGGAUCACAGCAGUUAUCUAAUCAUGUAGCUUGGCAUCAGCUGCUGGAGCCCUGAGAGAGCACAAUUGGUCUUGCUUCUUGUUCUCUCUGGGUGGGUACAGUACAGUAGAUGGUGCUCUUCUUUUCCCUCAUCACUCCUAAGGUGAUGUGGAUCAGCACAAGGCUGCAUCUGUGAGCUGCUGUAUCAGAACCGAGUUGCUGCGCUUUCCUCCAAGCGUUAGCGCUGUGAUGCUACUCUGCACUGAUUCUGACUGAGUAACUGCCUUGUGGUCGAGCUGCAUAUUGUUGCCCUGAGGCAACACAUAAAAAAAAACACUGAAUUUAAUACGGAAAUGAAAACAAAUUAGUCACAAAUAUGAAAAAUAAUGAUUAAAAAAUUUAACUAACAGUGUAAUAAUCCAAAAACAUGCCAUAGAGGGUUAAAAACAAGAAAGUGGUGUCGGAAAUAAGUAGGCAACAAUCCUCAUCUUCUGGUUUAUGUAUGUUUAUAAAAAUUACAUCAUCACAAACGUACAAAUGUCUUCAAGUAUCAUAUGAUAUGAUAUUUCUGCUGUAUUGCCUAUUCCCCAAACCUUAUAUCUCCACCUAAAUACAAGUUACACUGUGUAUUCUUCUCUCAGCUCAGUCUGUAUCCCUGUUCCUAUUAUCUUACCUCCAAUACCUCCUUUCCAAUUGGAGCAUCGCCACUAUAAACUGAAAUAUCUUCAUUUAUAAAAGCUAUCUGUACAGUUUUCACGCCGGAGCCAACAAACGCAGCCAAGAUAGAUAUACUCAUAUACUCAUUCCGUGUCCAUACUCCCCCUCCUCCUCCUCCAUCCCUCCUCUUUUAAAUCCAACAUCUCAACAACCUGAUCCCUCGCUCCAUUUUAGGCCUUAACAUUCUUAAUUCUUAAUUCUGUGUUUACAUGACUUAUCACCAAAGCACACCCCUUCCAGCCCUUCCUCUUCCACCAUUCCCAACUUUAAUGUUUGUGAGUGAAGCUGUUUUAAACCCUGAUUUACUCGACUGUAAAUGACAAACAGGGCUGGUGAAAAGCCAUAGUUUAUCAGACCAGAGGUAUGCCUUCCUUCUUAAAGGAGAACUCUGGUGUAAAAUUGACUUUUUUUGUAGUAAAACAAUGUAAAGUGUGAUAACCUGUGUUGAAUAGCCCACCUCUUUUCAAAAUGCAGUAUAUUUUUUACAGAUUGUUUAAAAGAAUGGGUUUUAAUGGGGCAUAUUUUGCCCCUGCAGAUAAAUCGCUUUUUACAUUAUUAUCCAGGCUUAAAGUAACUCCACACCUCAUUGGUAGGAUCAAUUAUCUCAUUGGGAGAGCCCUGACAUUUAAAUAAUUUAAAUCAAGCACAGGAAAGCUUAUUAAAAAACUCUUUUUACCUUUACUUUAAGAUGGCAGCACCCGAAAAUUAGGCUACAACCCAUGAACAGUGUUUUUAAAAAGCUUCUUGUGCAGUUUUUAAGUUUUUAAUGCCUCGUUUUAAAUGUCAGAGCUCUCUGGAUUCUAGCAAGGAAGUGUGGAGCUACUUUGAGCCUGAAUAACGGUGUGAAAAGCGAUUUAUCUACAGGGGCAAAAUAUGCCCCAUAUUAUCCAUUCUAAAACAUGUUGCAUGUUUGGACAAACUGUAAAAAAUCGUAGAAAUCCGCUGGAAAACGGAAGAUUAGGUUUGUAUACUUCAUCAUGUUUUACUAUACCAAAAGUAAAUUUUACACCGGAGUUCUCCUUUAAAUAUGUAUUGGGUGUUGGUUUCCAUUGCAAAAUGGUCUUUUCUACAUUUUUUUGUGUUUUUAUGAACAGAACCCUUCUUAAUAUUUGUCAUAUCUGACCACUUUUCUUCCAAACUGACACAAUUUUCUAUCUGAAUAUAUAUUAAGAUAUUUUCUGUGGGAAAUUCAUGUGUAUAUUGUCUAUGCAACUGAAAAUACUUGUAUAUUUUUGUAGCUGCUGCUACAAUUUCACAUUAUUUGCUUCAUUCGACUGGUAGUAGUUGGCGCCAGUAGUUGAUGCCGUCUGACAUAUGGGGUAUAUAAAAGAGGCUAUAGUUGUUGUUUUCUUUUUGUUUUGUUUUUUUAACCCACUGUGUACGCCACAAUAGUUUUGGAACUAACUGCAUAGCAGACCUGCACAUAUCCAGUACAAGCAUUUGCAAAUGGCUUUCAUUUGAUUGUGUGUAUAUACUAAUAUAAAAAUAAAGCAGUCGUAUUUAAAUGUU